CAGACGUAAACAAGCAGGCAAAAAUGUUGGUCUAUUUUCGAUUUUUGCAUCGAUCUUAAAAUUUAAGUGAUUAUAAAUGCAGAAAAGAACUUCGGCUACCGUUAAAAGUGUUCAAUAAAUAUUUAUUAAGAGAUGGCGGAACCUGCUUGUCUAACCUGCACUAAGCAAGUUCCGGGCCUGGACCAGGCCGUUUCCGUGGGAAACCGGCAGGAAGUGCAGACUGCUCUCUCGAAGCACUUUUGGUUUAGUGAAUCCGAAAGUCUGUACGGCAUUCUGUGCCCCGUUUGCUGGACCAAAAUCCACGACUUCCAUCAAUUCUACACCGAGGUGGAGAGCAUCCACGCCAAACAUCCGCAACUGCCCCUGCAGCUACAGCCCGAUCAGUUUCUGGAGGUGAAGCAGGAGGAGCCACUGCAGGCGACGGUCUUUGUCGCCGAAGAUGUCGUCGUGAAGAGCGAGGGUGACGAGUCGAAUGAGGGUUCGAAAGCGGAAAGCGACGGAGAUGAUUUUGAAGGGGGAGGGAACAGUCCGAUGUUGAAGGAGGAGGAUUCUGAGGAUGAUGAUGAGCUGAAUGAAAGUUCCCAAGAGGAUGAUUCGGAGUAUGAGGAAGAACCGGUGCGGAAAAGGGGAAGGAAACCUGGUUCGGGUAAGAAGAAGGAAAAAAAGAAAACCGGGAAGCGAAGGGUAGGUCGACCGGUUCAAGGAUGGCAGAAGGACAUUCAGGAUGAGAGCUUCAUUGCGGAAACGGUCAAUCUGGUAUGUGACACUUGCAGCGAAAAGUUUGGAACGUUCGAAGAUCUGCAGCAGCACUCAACGGUGUUGCACGAUAAGCUGGCGUAUAUUUUCUGCUGUAAUCUCAAGUUUUCCCGCAAGCCACGGCUCGUCGAUCAUAUCCAGUUCCACCUCAAUCCGUCCCAGUUUGCUUGCAAGAUCUGUUCGAAGCAGUUUGGCGAUCGGGAAGCGCUCAAGAGGCACAUGCGAUCGAUGCACGUGGACGAGGAGGAAAAGACGCUGCAGUGUAGCGUGUGUCCAAAGAGGUUCGCGCAGAAGCGAUUCCUGAACCUGCACGAAAAGUACCACCGCAAUCUGCAGGAAAAGAAGUUCCACUGCGAACCGUGCAAUCGCUACUUUGCGUACGCUUCUCUGCUCCGACACCACAACGAGGAAGUGCACGAGAAUAAACCGGACAAGUACGUGUGUCACAUCUGCGCCAAGAGCUACAACAUUUACACGUCGUACAAGUCGCACGUUGACUCCCACGACGAGGAAGCCAAGAAGGUCAAACAGCUGUCGAUGGAGCGGGUUCAGUGUACGGAUUGUAACGCUUGGGUUUAUCAGCGAGGUCUGCGCAAGCACAUGCUCCGUCACUCUGGAACUCAACGGUGCGACAUCUGCGGGCAGGAAUGUUCGAGCGUUAUGACUCUGAAAUAUCACAAGGCUCAGCAUCGCAAAGACGAUCUGACCUGCUCGGUGUGCGAGAAGGUGUUUAAGCGAAUGAUCAAUUUUAAGGAGCACAUGGCAUCGCACACCGGAGACGUACUGUACUCUUGUGAUUUCUGCGACAAAACGUUCAACUCGAAUGCGAAUCGAGCGUCGCAUCGGAAAAAGAUGCACCCGAAGGAGUGGCUCGAGGACAAGAUGAGGAAAAAUCCGAACCUGAUGCAGGAGCAGUUUCAGCAGCCGCAGCAGCAACAGCCACCAUUCACACUGUUCCGCAUCCGUAUCCGCAGUACGGAUCCGUAUACGGAUGCGGAACAGUGUGAAUGGGAACAUUUGAAAUGCAUUGGAGGAAUCGCUUCCGCACUGUGCGUCCGUACUGUCAAAUUUUAUACGGAUGCGGCUGCGGCUGCGGAUGCGAAGAAACUUCCGCGCUCGGGUGAGGUUAUGUUCGCCAUGGAGGAUUCGCUGUUCGGAACAGAUCCGGUGGACGAGUGGACCAUGCACCAGCUUCGUCAAAUCCUGGAUCAGCAACGAAACCUCAUGGAGAAACUAAACGUUCCGCCGCUGCCCGUUGUCCAGCUGGUAGCACAAGAGGACGUUCCCGACACCUGUGCACACGUGGACUUUUCUGGCGAGAGCUCGUUGGGUGCGAAGAAAGCGAAGGAGAUCCGGCAACCACGAAGGCACGCGGCCGUGCUUCCAGCCGAGGAGAAGCAAAAUUCAUCCAUCUCAGCAAUCAUUCAGCCGGUUGCCACCAAGAACCUCGAUCAUUACACGCUGCCCCCAUCGGAGACCAUCUUCAACAAGAUGGCGGAGCGCAGCAGCACCACCCUGUCAGCCAUCGGUCCGCAGCAGCUACCAAUCAUCACCACAACACACACCCCGGAUAACACAUCAGCACCGGAGGAUCAGCAGCAGUUGGUGAACAACACGGUCGGCACUCUCAGCGGCACAGGGCACACCGAUGACAUCUUGGUUGGUGACCAAUCGAAGCCAAUUAGAACCAUACCAGAUCCCGGCACAAUGGACCGCACCGCUUGUUUGACCUGCUUGCAGCAACCGGACGACGAAACAGAUCAGCAAAACAUCUGCCACUCGGAUUUGCGUGAAAUCGUGCGAAAACACUUUUGGUUCUCGGAUGCGGAGCUAGCUCAGGCUUGGAUAUGCGAGGUCUGCUGGGAAACCAUCAGCGUGUUUCAUCAGUUCUACGUGGAUGUCGAGCAGCUGUAUGAAACGAAGCCGGUUCCGGAACUGGAAGCGGUGACCGUCAAGGAGGAGAAGGACAUUACCCAGGUUAUGCUGGUUGAAAACGAAAUUAAAGAGGAAGUACUCUCGGACGAUAUGCAGGAAGAGUUUGAAGACGAACAGCUCUACACGGUGGAACUGAAAGAAGGUGAGGAGCAGGAAAGUGAAAGUGAUUCCAAUUCUGAUUCCGAUGAUUCGAUGAGCGGUGAGAAUGAAGCCGACUCUGAGUCAAACCUCGGUGAAAACCAUCCGGACAACAUUAUCCGACGGCAUGUUGAGCUGACCUGCCAAGAGUGCGACGAUGCUGGAAGUUUUACGUUCAAAGAGUUCACCAUUCAUGCCGAAAAGAUUCACGGAACCAAGAAACCGUUCGUGAUGUGCUGCGGAUCCAAGUACAUCAAGCGGUGCUAUCUACUGGAGCACGUACGCUACGUUCUCAAUCCGGAUGCAUUCCUGUGCAAGCACUGUGACGAGGCAUUUACCAGUGGAGUUGCCCUCAAACGGCACCUUAAAAUUCGUCACGGUAAAGGGCAAACCCGUCGAUACAAUAACGAAAAUCGGCUGCGAAAGGACAAAUCAGCUCCGGUUAAAAAUGAAGAGCAGCUAAAGAAGCGCGAAGAGAUUGAGCUCAAACGACAGCAGCGAGCGGCUGACGAUCAGAUCAUGCUUGGCCACGUAAAGUUCGAGUGUGUUCCCUGUGGUGAGUCCUUCAUCUCCUUCACGCAACUGCACACCCACAGCACGUCCAAGCACAAGAUCAAACCGGUGGUCACGUGCUGCGGGAAUCGAUACAACAGCCGAUGUAAGCUGUGGCAGCACGUCACGUCGGUUCUCAAUCCGGUCGCCUAUCGGUGCGAGCUCUGUAUGCGAUGCUUUAACAGUGAGUACGCCAAGGAUACCCAUCGGCGGAAAAUGCAUCCGACCGCGGAGGAGCUCAAGUACCACUGUGAGCGGUGCGACAAGCCGUUCUCGAGGGAAAUUGCUUACAAGCGACACAUGCAGGACCACGAGGACUCGGAUCAUGGGCGGAUCAAGUGUGAGGAGUGUGGCAAGAUGUUCAAAAGUCGCACGGUUCUGUACAUGCACGUGCGCAAAAAGCACGUGGCGCCCCAGUUUGUGUGCGACAUUUGCGCGAAGGCGUUCCACCAACCGGCGGAGUUCGAGAAGCACAAGCUGGAGCACGAGGAUCCGGACAGACUGCGGAUGCAGUGCCAGCACUGCCUAAAGUGGUUCAAAAACCGCGAGUACUGGCGCACGCACAUCCGGCUGCACAAUCCGACGACGCCGGUUCCGUGCGAACUGUGCGAUCGCGUUUGCCAGAAUAAGCGGGCGUGGCGGGCACACAUGAAAAAUGCUCACGGUACGCCCGACAAGGUGUGUGAGCUGUGCGGCAAAUGUUUCAAGAAGAAGCAAAGUCUGCAGGAGCACAUUGCUGCGGUCCACACGGGACAGAAGCUGUUUAGUUGUCCCUUUUGUCCGCGGAACUUUAACUCGAGCUCGAACAUGCAUACUCACAAGAAAAAUAUGCACACCGAGGAAUGGCAAGCGUCGAAACUGGGCGCGGUCGCGACUACAUCCUUUGCUGGUCCGAGUGAGACAGAUAUGACGAAGGAUGGAGCGUUUUUGCACUACAAAAGCCACGCCGUACUCUACGUGCACAUCCGCAACUAUCACACGGAGCCACGCUUUGUGUGCGACAUUUGUGCGAAACCAUUCCGUAUAAUGUCAGAGUUCAAGAAGCACAAACUAUCCCACGAAGAUCCGGACAAGCUGAAAAUGCAGUGUCCUCAUUGUAUGAAGUGGUACAAAACCCGUGAAUACUGGCGCGCUCACAUUCGACUGACGCACCGUUCGAAGCAAAAUCAAAUGAUCAAAUGUGAAAAGUGCGAAAAGACCUUUUCUCGCAAGGACAAAAUGCGAGCCCACAUGAAGCACGUCCACGAUGAGCCCACCAAAAAGUGCGAGUAUUGCGAAAAGUGCUUCGUGAAGGACAUUAGCCUGCGGGAACACGUGGCCUCCCAGCACACCGGCGAAGUGCUGUACACGUGCACGUACUGUCCGAAGACGUUCAACUCGAACGCGAACAUGUUCUCGCACAGGCGCAAAAUGCACCCGGUGGAGUGGCUGGCCGCGAAGGAACGCUCCGAAGCGGCCCGGCAACGGGCUGAUUUGGUGGAGAACGUUGCCUCAGAGUCGGCGAACGGAACCAGCAUGCAACAUGACUAUUGAAAUGGGUCACAUUGGAAAAGCUUCGUAGAGAAAAUAAAAAUAAGGAAUAAAUAUUAGCUUAUUUAGA